AUGGUUGCCCAAUAUGAUGAGGUUAACUACGGUAACUUUAUGCAUGGUCUGGUGAAGGAAAACAUCCAACUGAACCGGAAGGUUCUGUCAGAACUGUCUAUGCAUGAACCAUAUAGCUUCAAGGCCCUGGUUGACAUCUCUCGCAAUGCUUUUCCUGGAAACAAGCAGGCAGUGGUACCUCCCAAAAAGGAGGGUCUUUCAAUUCUUGUGUAA